UUUAAUAUAAUACACGUUGGAGACUCUUGCUCAGCUACAGUCUGUCGCGGGUCAAGGUGAAAGAGCAGAAAAGCAUUGCCUCAUGAUCCUGUGCUGCCUUUUCCAUUCUUCCGUUUUCAGGGAAUGUCAUCCGUGCUUUGUGGUUAAAGAUGAAGACCCUAAGAAACCUGACCAGGCUGCUGUCGCUGUUGGAGGGAUCCUUAUCUCACACGCCAUGCAGGACCACAGUUUGCCAAAGGACAAUAUAUUAUCGCCAUCUUUCAAGCAGGAGUUGUUUACCUGCCUUGGGGAUCCAAAGUCACACCCAACCCAGAGUGAUUCAGGCAAGCUGGUCAGUGGUGCCGGUCAGGCUCAAAGGCAGUAAGACUUCAAAAAAGGGCAGUAAAAAAGUUGUGGAAGAGGAGGAAGAUGAGGAUGAUGACCCAGAGAAAAGUGACUAUGAAGACGAGCCUGAACAUGAUCCCAGCGUGCCCAAGGAUUACAAAGACCUGGAAAAAGCAGUGCAGUCGUUCCGCUACGAUCUCAUGAUGAAAGCAGGCCUAGACAUGGCGCGGAACAAAGUGGAAGAUGCCUUUUACAGCAACAAGCUGAGGCUCAAUGGACAAAAGCUUAUCAAGAAAAGCAAAACGGUUAAGGUGGGAGACACUCUUGAUCUGGUUGUUGAGGAAGACAAAGAGACUGACAUCGUCACAGUUAUGAGAGUGGUUUUCAAGACUGUAUCUGGAGAAACAACAGGCACUGACAGAUACAGAGUGGUGUUAAGACGCUGGAAAAACCUGAAGCUUCCCAAACAGGAUGUUUACAAGUAGCAAGACUGUGCUAUAGUGUAUACCCAUUAACUGACACAUUUACUCCAGAUUACUUGGCAUGUGUGUUGCAGUGGUAGUGUUAUUUUGUGUAUAGUAGUUAACCGCACAAUCUCUCAUGAAGCCUAACACUUUUUAUACACAUGUUCUUAUGCAUUUUAGUAAAGGGUGGAUCUUUAUAAUUAUUGUAACAUGAAAAAAAUUGAAACGUUAUUUAAGCUUAUGGUAGGAUUUUGUCAUUCUGCUACACUGCAAGUACCUUAUUGAGAUGCUUUAAUAAAACGAUCAUGCCA